UAAUGUUUAUACAUUGCAUGAUACCAAGAUAUAUGUUUGAUUGUAUUGCAGUGAAGUCAACAAUAUUAUUUGGAAGAAAUUAUGCGUAUUUCUUAGAGCGGAAUAGCGGAUCUUAAUUUACUUAAUAAAUCUGCAAAAGAGUAAGCAGUUCCUCAGAAUCUGAAUAAUCCGAAAGCCACAACAAUGGCAUCAUCAAUUCAUCUCUUUCUUGUCGGUGUUGUGCCUCUACUACUAAUGCUUGUUCUUCUCAAACUUCUCCAAAACCAUAGAUCAAAACUUCCACAUCCACCAGGUCCAUGGGGACUUCCGUUCAUCGGAAACUUGCACCAGCUUGAUGUCUCCGUCCUUCCACACCAACUACGAACAUUUUCGCAAGAAUAUGGCCCAAUCUUCUACCUCAGGCUUGGGUGUUUACCAGCUCUUGUAGUCUCUUCACACGAAACGGCUAAACAAUUCUUGAAAAAUCAUGACUUAAUCUUCUGCAGCAGGCCCGACUUCUUGGGCUCGAAAACACUUUCGUACAAUGGCAGUGAUGUAGUUUUCGCUCCAUACAGUGAGUAUUGGAAGGAAAUGAGAAAGAUUCUUACGGUUCAUGUGUUUAGUUCGAGCAGAAUACGUUCCUUCCGUUCAAUUCGAGAAGAAGAAGUUUUUCAGAUGAUUGAAGUGAUUUCCAAGAAGGCCUCAGAGAAUGAAGUCUUGAAUUUAAGUGACAUGAUGAUGCCACUUACAAGCACUAUAACUUGUAGACUUGCUUUCGGGAAGAAGUUCGAUAAGGCUCAAGUGAAAAGAUUUGAGGGGUUAGUUAAGGGAAUAGGUGUUGCUAUGGCGACCUUUUACUUUUCGGACCAUUUUCCUCUGUUUGGAUGGCUGGAUAGGUUAACUGGCUCUGCUGCGCGGCUGGAAAGAAGUUUCGGUGACAUGGAUCUGUUCUACCAAGAACUCAUCGACGAACAUUUCAGCCCAAAUAGGCCUAGCUCAAUGGAGGGUGAUGUUAUUGACAUCUUACUUCAGUUGAAAAGAGAUGGUCAGAUUUCUUCAAUAGAUUUCACCUCUAAUAACAUCAAAGCAGUUAUAAUGAAUCUUUUUUUUGGUGGCACCGACACAACAGCCAACACAAUAGUAUGGAUGAUGACAAGCCUGAUAAAGAACCCGAAAGCUAUGCGCAGAGCACAAGAAGAAGUGAGGAAUGUGAUGCAUGGAAAAGAAAUAAUAUCUGAAGAAGACAUACAAAAUGUGAAGCUUCCUUAUCUAGAAGCAGUUAUCAAAGAGACUUUGAGAAUGUACCCCGUUAUUGCAAUGAUUCCAAGGGAAUCAUUGGACAGGGUGGUUAUAAAUGGAUACGAAAUCAAACCUAACACUAUCGUUUAUGUGAAUCUUCUGGCUAUUCAUAGGGAUCCCCAGCUUUGGAAAAAUCCGGAUGACUUUUUGCCGGAGAGAUUCCUGGACAAUGACAUUCAGUACAAAGGACAAGAUUUCGAAUAUAUUCCGUUUGGAAGUGGUCGCCGAAUUUGCCCCGGAAUGAAUAUGGCCAUUGUGACCCUGGAGCUUGUUGUUUCAAAUCUUCUGUAUUGUUUUGACUGGGAGCUGCCUCCAGGAAUGAAGGAGGAAGACAUAGAUACUCAAGAUGGCUAUGUUGACGUCCAUGGUAUAACAUUCAAUAAGAAAUAUCCCCUUUGCCUGCUACCGAAAAAUUAUUGCUAGUAUUGCAUAAAUUUAGCUGAACAACUACCAUUUUCGUUUUAAUUUUCCUUAAUUCCCAUUUAGUCUUGCUCGUGUAAUGAUGUAUGCUUAAGUGUUUUCAAUUCUGACAAUUUUUAACAUGUAUCUAUGUAGUUAUAUUUGUUUUGAAUCAUAACAUAA